CGGUGUCGCAGCUCAGCCGGGCCCAGCUUUGUGGACCCGGGAGCCCAGGACGCAGGCGGGGCUUGUGCUUCGCGGGGGCAGGGCGUAGGGUGGGCCUCCUCCCGCCUCUACUCUCGCGGUUUGCUCCUCAGUCUCCUUUCUUUGCUGAUUUUAUGCCUUUCUUUCUUUUUUUGAGACGGAGUCUCGCUCUGUCGCCCUGGCUACAGUGCGGUGGCGCGAUCUCGGCUGACUGCAAGCUCCGCCCCCCGGGUUCGCGCUUUUAUCUCUUUCAUUGGAGCUUUCUGGACCCUGUGCUUGACGGUGCCCUAGGUGGCUUGGAGACACACGCGAGUCUGAUAAGCACCCUGCCCCGGGAUCAUGCGGUGCUGUGAGGCCUAGCGAAGAUGAAGAUAGAAUGCAAGGUAGAAAGUGCUGGAUACCUUUAGAAAGCUGCAGAACUGGUGCGAUGGGAGUUGAGACGUAAGAACCUGCCCGUCCGUAGGGCUCUGGAUGCUGCUGAGGCCCGAGGCCCCCAUGGCACAUUUGAAAACUCACCCUUGUAGAGUCAUUCCUGCCUUUGAGAGGACUCCCUAUUAAGAUCCUAAGUGGUGGUGGCGGCAGCGCGGAGCAGCUUCUGAAGGUCCAGGAGCUUAAAGCGGAGGUGCCACGGGGCGCGGCUUUGCGGAAAAAGCAAAAGCUCACUCCGCACCGUGCACUUCUGGGAAUACAGGCACUGAGCCCCCGGAGGAGGAGAGGGCUGGUUCUGGGAGCCCCUCCCCUGGGGCGGGGCCAAAGCGUCCUCCCAGCCCGGCUUUGCAGAACAGAGAUCUGGUGUCUCCAGUUUACAGAAGCACUUGCAGAACUCAUCAGAAGCCACCCUGCUUAUCAGCAGAUUUCAAGAGAGCGUUCAGUGGAGGCCCUGAGUCUGCACAGUUCACCUCCCUGGGAACUGCUGGCCUGAGCAUUGGAGCCGGCGCUGGCCCCCUGCAGCCGAAAGGAGCCCCGGAGGCCCAGGACACAGCGCUCUUGCUCUUGCAGAAUCCACAGGUCUUUCUUGAAGAAAUCUGUAGUCAGAACUUUGUUCUGCAUUUUUAUCUAGGGAAGGAACAGGAAGAGAAGAGUGUGGUCUACUAGAAAUCUAGCACUGGAGACACAAGGAAAAUUCUUCCAACAAUGGUCUCCCACUCAGAGCUAAGGAAGCUGUUCUACUCAGCAGAUGCUGUAUGUUUUGAUGUUGACAGCACCGUCAUUAGAGAAGAAGGAAUCGAUGAGCUAGCCAAAAUCUGUGGCGUUGAGGAUGCGGUGUCAGAAAUGACACGGCGAGCCAUGGGCGGGGCAGUGCCUUUCAAAUCUGCUCUCACAGAGCGCUUAGCCCUCAUCCAGCCCUCCAGGGAGCAGGUGCAGAGACUCAUAGCAGAGCACCCCCCACACCUGACCCCCGGCAUAAGGGAGCUGGUAAGUCGCCUACAGGAGCGAAAUGUUCAGGUUUUCCUAAUAUCUGGUGGCUUUAGGAGUAUUGUAGAGCAUGUUGCUUCAAAGCUCAAUAUCCCAGGAACCAAUGUAUUUGCCAAUAGGCUGAAAUUCUACUUUAACGGUGAAUAUGCAGGUUUUGAUGAGACACAGCCAACAGCUGAAUCUGGUGGAAAAGGAAAAGUGAUUAAACUUUUAAAGGAAAAAUUUCAUUUUAAGAAAAUAAUCAUGAUUGGAGAUGGUGCCACAGACAUGGAAGCCUGUCCCCCUGCUGAUGCUUUCAUUGGAUUUGGAGGAAAUGUGAUCAGGCAACAAGUCAAGGAUAACGCCAAAUGGUAUAUCACUGAUUUUGUGGAGCUGGUGGGAGAGCUGGAAGAAUAACAUCCACUGUCACACAGCUCCGAACACCUUCGGAUGGAUUUUUACAAGUGAUACAGGUUGAUACUGUUUGCUUACAAUUGCCUAUUACCACUUGCUAUAGAGAGUUGGCACAGAUGAUCAAUACUUUAAACUACAGUUAGGACUCCUAGAAGAUCGCUUUUUUUUUUUUUUUAACUGUAUUUCCAGUAUUAUAUGAUGACUAUUGAUUUCCUGUAGAGUUUUGUAAUCUGAAUUCUUUCUGUAUAUUCCUAGCUAUAUUUCAUACAAAGUGUUUUAAGUGUGGAGAGUCAAACAAACACCUUUACUCUUAGAAAGAUGGAUUCGGCAGCUUUCGGUGAAUAUUGGUUUCUCUUUGGUAUAUCAAUAAAAGUUUAUCCAUGUGUCAGAAUGGAUUUGUGGAA